UACAUACAUACAAGCAGGAUACCAAGUCAAAUACUAACACGAUUCAAUUGUUUAAUAUAAUUUGAUGUUUAUUCAAUACAAAUAUCAUAUAUACAUAUAUCAAAUAGGUUAUUGUGUUAUAAUGAACAUGGGUGCCGGGUGGUGCUGCAGGUCACCCGACUACAUCAAACGAUUCAGAUUUACAUAUAUGGGCUCGACUAUUAUUAUUAUUAUCAACAUCAUACGGUUCCGAUUUACAACAACAGACUCGAAUGCCGCUAUUAUCACUACCUUUGUUAUUUAAUCCAUUUUUUACAUUUUCAAUAAAUUCCAUCCCUUUAUAUAAUAAUACAAAUACACAUUUAGGGUUGUGCAUGGCGUGUUGCUGCCAAACUUCAUCAUUUUCCUCCCACUGCCCCAACAAUAUGCCGCAGUAGUGACGUUGAACCAAGUCGCCCGUUCCGGUGUAAGUGAAUCCGCAUUCAGCCAGCGAAUAUUUAUCUUGACGCGAUCGAGGCGCGUGCGAAUCGAAUGUUUUCAGCCUCGAUAAAAAGCUUGUAUACUGAGGAUAUUCCGGAUCUGAGUUCUCACGUACCAAACGCACUAGUGAUCGACAAUCGGUGGUACAUUUUAAUAAAUUCAUUGCAAAUGAAACGUAUAAAAAUAUUUUAAAUCGUAAAUAAUGCGCGCUAGAUCUUGACGUUUAAACGUGCGAAUAAGACACUUCUAGCCAGUGUAAACGUUUAAAAGCAACUGACGGAUAUAUUAUGGUUAUAGCUAGCGUGCAUUGCAAGUUAUAUGCAAAGCAUUAAUAAUAAUGAUAAUAUUAUGAAUUAAAAUAUUUGAGUGGCGAUCCGCGAUACAAUAUUUUUUAGUCAUCCCCAGUUAUCAGAUAACGGUCUUGACUGCCGUAGGCACAUGAGCGGCAUAUUAUUACCGCCACCAGCGCCAGUUAUCAUUGUCGAAACAUGUUGUACAUAUUGCGACCGAUAAUUAUAAAAUGUAUUAUAUGCCAGCACCGCAUAGUACUAGCGGUUGAAUAUAUCUACAGCCCUUAUAGAUAAUGUCGGAUACCCCUCGCCACCCACCCACCCACCCGCCACCGCAUCCGAUAUUCGGGUCCUCCGCAACCGCAUAUGUCCUACAGAUCAGACGGUCAGUGCAGCUCGACGAAAACUGUUGUACAUUCAUAUUACCUCGCUCACUCUGUUAAAUCUUUCCUCAUAUUAAAUCUUUAAAAAUGUUUAACUGCGCGAUAUGUGAUAAAGUGUACGUUCAUAAGUGUGAUCUGAAUAGACAUGCCAAAACUCACGAUGGAUCUACUAAUUCGUGCGGGAUAUGCCUCAAGACGUUCACUCGCCGAGACAAACUCAGUAUCCACGUUCAAAAAUGUCACAAAAUCGCUAAAAACACUCCAGAAUUCCGCAGUGCUGUACGGAUAGGUGGUGCAAUGGGUCGCGCAUCGGUCAUAUGCUGGGCACCCCCCGCCACUACACCACACGCUCAGCCAGAUGUUUUGACUCCGACGGCCAUCUCGCCUCGCCACCGUCGUGCGGACAUACCUACCCCCCAACCACAAGCAGCACCAUCCACUUCCCGCACGCCGGUUAUCGUUACCCCGCCACCCGCACAGGCUAUCUUUGACGGACCCGACGCAAGAUCCCCCGCGAGCCCCGCACUACCACUUUCGCUUUCGCCACCGCCAGCCGGAGAAUUUGUUGCUCAUACGGAAAAUUCGAGGAAAAAUAUUAAACGGAAAAAGGCGCGCAUGCAAAAGGUUAAUACUCCGGGCUUUAUCGAAAUUGAGUCUUCGCUUAACCGUACGGUCGUGUGGUAUUUUAGGAAAAAUAUCGAUAAUGUGACAAGUUAUCGUGCGUUCCUAAAUUCGAUAGAGUCCGAAUUAGUCGCGAAAUUACGUGAGCGCGUGAGUAUUAAUCCUGUAAAAUACAACCUUAAAUUAGAGGCCACCUACGUCAUACCUAACUUACAAAAUUCAGCUCAAAACCGCGCGUUUAAAACUUCGGCCCGUGAACUUUACGCGCACAGCAAUGUUGAGGGUUUGGUCGAUCGCGAUUUCACAAGGCUCCUGGGCGAAGAAGACUCUUACGCCGGGAAGUAUAGUGGAUUUUCCUUAUCUUGUAUCGACGGAUUGCUCUUGGGUGUGUACGAGUACACGCCUAUGGGGGGAUCGUCAUACUUAUCGUUGCCGGAAAGUAUUCUGAACCGGAAGGCCGUUAUCAACCCACAAAAUAUUGACCGGCAAUGUUUUAAGUGGGCGAUCCUAGCCAAACACGUAACACGCGAUCACGUACGAGUAGGCGUGAAUUAUUCGAGGGAAGAACAUCGUUAUGACUUUUCCGCACUAUCAACCCCCACUCCAGUGUCGGAGAUAAAGGUAUUUGAAGAGAUGAAUCCCGGGACGACCGUCAAUGUAUACGGUAUAAGGAAUUGCGAUAAAAAAAAUAAUAAAAAAAAAUCGUCCACGCAAUCUGUCGCGUACCCUCUGCGAAUCGUGGAUGAAGAAAAGGAGAAUCAUUUUGACCUGCUACUGAUUACCGGGAAGGAUGACAAGAAUCAUUAUGCGUUCAUUUCUAAUUUUUCACGCCUAGCCAGUUCGCAAAAAAAUAACCACCAACAUCGAUUGUUUUACUGCAAACGGUGCUUCGCCAGUUUUGAGGACCGCCCAUUACAAUAUAAAUUACAUGGAGAGAGGGCACUGGCCAAGCAUCGUUUACUGUGCGGCGCACACAAACCGGUUGUCCCUCUAAUGCCGAAAGAAGGAGACACGCUCAAAUUUGAGGCGUGGUGUAAGACGGAGCGCCUGCCGUUCGUGGUAUACGCUGACUUUGAAGCCCUACUGCUGAAAACGGGGCGAAAACAAGGCACGAAUACCGCGGCGAUUCACGAACACCAUCCAAUGAGCUACGGGUACCAUGUUGUCGCGGCGGAGGGGGUUCCGACAGAGUUGUUUGACCAGUUCGACAUACCGCGAGCUCCGGUCAUUUUUCGAGGUUCGGCGACCGAGGACGAUGUCGCCAAACGCUUUGUCCGCGAUGUGCUCGGUGUGGCCGAUAAAAUAGCCAGAUUAUAUAAGGAAGUAAAUGUACCGAUUAUUAUGAGUGUUGAGGAUUGCCGCGUGCAUGAAGCCCAGACAAUGUGUGACUUGUGCAGCUGUGCGUUUAGCGAACAGAACUGUAAAACUGCACACCACGACCACUUGUCGGGCCGCUUUCUUAAAACAUUAUGUAACACGUGCAACCUUAAGUUGAAAACGCCAAAAUUCGUACCUUGCUUCCUACAUAAUCUGUCCAACUACGACGCACAUUUUAUCGUGACAAAUUUAGCGAACGACGACAAUAACCGAAUAUCGGUAAUAGCGAACACCGAGGAAAAGUAUAUUUCAUUUUCGAAGUAUAUAAAUAACUCGUUCUCCGUCAGGUUUAUAGACACGUGUCGAUUCAUGGCCUCAAGCUUGGCACACUUGGCGGAGAAUCUCUCCUCCGCGAACUUUGAUAAGUUUCGCGAAGUCGCGAAAGUGUUCGCCCCGUCGGAGAUGUCGUUGGUCACGCGGAAGGGCGUUUAUCCUUACGAAUAUACAGAUUCGUGGGAUAAAUUGCAAGUACCAUCGUUACCAGACAAGUUCCAGUUCUACAGCGCUUUGACGGAGACGCACGUGUGUGACGAAGACUACGAUCACGCAAUACGAGUUUGGAAUCAUUUCGGUUGCACAACGCUCGGCGCUUAUAGCGAUUUGUACCUUAAAGUCGAUGUGUUGUUAAGCGCCGAUGUGUUCGAGAAUUUCAGGGAUAUAUGUAUGGCCACAUAUCACCUGGACCCCGCGCACUACUACACGUCGCCCGGAUUCAGCUUUGACUGCAUGCUACACUUUACAAAAGUUCAACUUGAACUUUUAAUUGAUUUCGAGAAAGUGUUGUUUUUGGAGUCUGGUACGCGCGGUGGCCUGGUGCAGGCCAGCAAGCGUCACGCGCGCGCCAACAAUCCUGAGACGCCAGGAUACAAUGCCGAAGAACCCAACACGUCGCUCAUAUACUUAGAUGCAAAUAAUUUGUACGGGUACGCGAUGUGUCAGUAUAUGCCAAUUGGAGAUUUCGUAUGGUACUCGGGAAACCCAGAGGUCGCGCUAGCGCAGUUAGAAUGGAUGCGCGCGACGGACGACAUUGGUAGAUUUUACGAGGUGGAUAUUAUAUACUCCCAGGAUCUGCACGAUGUUCAAAACGAUUUGCCAUUCUUGCCUCACUCCAGCAUACCACACGGGUCGACUGUCCGAAAGUUGAUGGCCACAUUUCAGCGGAAAGAACACUACGUGGUACAUUACAUGAAUUUGAAACAGGCCAUGGCUCACGGCGUGGUAGUCGAAAAAACGCACAGAGUGUUGGAGUUCCGACAAUCUCCGUGGUUGGCCCCGUACAUUAAUCUCAACACCGAAUUACGCAAACAGGCGAAAAACAAAUUCGAAGAAAAGUUUUUUAAGGAUUUAAAUAAUUCAGUGUACGGGAAAACUUUCGAAAAUAUGAGGUUACGAUUUAAUUUGGAGCUUGUAUCGUGUCCAGUCAGAAUGCGGAAGCUGAUAAAUCGUCCGACGUUCAAGUACUGCACGACAUACAAUGAAAAUCUCUCGGUUGUCACGCAACAUACUAAGGAAGUGGAUUUCUGUAAACCCAUAUACAUAGGAUUCGCCGUACUGGAACUGAGUAAAGUUGUAAUGUACGGGUUUCAUUACGAUGUCAUGAAACGACAUUACGGCGAUAAGAUCGAGCUGCUAUACACAGAUACCGAUUCACUAUUCUACCGCGUGACGACGAACGAUUUCUUCGUGGACCUGAUGAAAAAUCCUAAUUUGAUGCGGUUUAUGGACACCUCGAAUUUCCCACACGACCACAUGUGUUAUACGACUGCUCGGAAGCGUAUUCCCGGAUGUUUUAAAUUCGAGUGUGGCUCCAGAACCGUUUACGAAUUCGUUGCUUUGCGUGCCAAGUCUUAUGCGUACGACGUCGAAGAGGAGAUUACCAUUCGCGCGAAGGGUGUUAUGGGGCACGUGAUCAGAAAUCACCUCACUUUCGCCGAGCAUAAACGGUGCUUAUUCGCCGACGUGGACGACGAUGUAGAAUCCGACGAGUGUGACAACGAGUUUGACGCUAGUAUGGGGAAAAUGAUCGCAGCCGAUUCCGCGCUGAAAGCUGUCGCACAAAUUCAUCGGAACGCCUCAACCUCUGCAACAAAUUCACCGUCGACCUCACAUCCGUCCCACGUUUACAGCUACAUGCCAUUCACGCCGUAUAGGGAAAAUGUCUCUAUACGGUCGUUUAAACACGAAUUGCGUACGAUUAGGACUAUGAAAUUAGUUUUAAACAGGGCUGACGAUAAGCGUCAUGUGCUACCCGAUAACAUUUCCACGUACGCACACGGUCAUCACCGCAUAAAUUUUUAA